GUCUGCCUCUGCCUACUUGUUUUUCUCUCAAAGUGCUUACGAAUGUCUUAAUUAGAUCUUACUCUCUGACUUUUGUUUCUGCUACUUUCUGCCAUGGCAUACGUUUUGGUUAUGUUGGGAUUUGUUUCACUUUUUCCCUUCACAUUUCUAAAACUGAAGAGGGAGGGGCAAAAGCAGAGACCAGAGAAGGGGGGAAACGAUGCAAAAAGAAGGCAAGCGAGUGAGUGACUUGGGAGAGAUGUGAGAAAGAGGAAGACACACAGACGCAGCGGCAGAGAUGGAGUCUGGACAAAGGGAGAGGGAGGAGGAAAGGAGAAUCUGGGGCGGAGCUGAACUGGAGAAAGUUUUGAAGAGAAAGUUGAGUUCCAAGGAAGCAAGCUGUGGCUGGGAUGAGAGGGAAAGAGGGGCUUAGCUCCCCACCUCACUCCCCUAAGAACAAUCUUCUUUAAAGAACAGAUGACAAGGUGACUACAGAGGAGACCUUGACUUAUGAUGAAGAAUUUCCUAACUAUAUUGAAGUUAUCUGAAAAUGGAAUGAGCUGCCUCAUGAGGUAGUGGAAUUCCCCUUCACUGGAUGUCUUCAAACACAGACUGAGGAACACUUGUCCAGGAUGUCGCAGAAAUAUUUCUGCUUCAGGAUAAUGCGUCUCUGGUUGUGGGGGUCCAGGGGCCUCUGGGCUGCUUUGGUAGUCUUCGUGACCAUUGGAUUAGCAUUCCAGAUUUGGCGAGGGCCCUUCCAGAAGAGGCCUCCUGGACUAUAUUUUCCCCAUUUGUGGACUUCUACCUCUGACUCCCCUGGCUCUUCUUUGGUCCCCUCCUGUCACCCCCAGCAACAGCUUGUUUUCUUGAAGACACAUAAAUCUGGGAGCAGCUCUGUACUAAGCCUUCUCCAUCAGUACGGGGACCGGCAUAGCCUACGCUUUGCUCUGCCAGUUCGAUACCAAUUUGGAUACCCGAAGUCCUUCCAAGCUGCUACAGUCAAAGGUUACCUCCCCCAUGGUGGGGGACCCCAGCCUGCCUUCCACAUCCUCUGUCACCACAUGAGAUUCAACUUACCAGAGGUACUCCGGGUCAUGCCCCCUGACAGUUUCUUCUUCUCCAUUGUCCGAGAUCCUGCAGCAGUGGCAAUUUCUGCCUUCUCCUACUACAAAUCUGUAUCAUCUGCCUUCCGUGCAGCACCAUCUCUAGCUGCCUUCCUGGCUUCACCACGAGCAUUCUACCGGCAAGGGGGACGUGGGGACCACUAUGCCCGGAACUUGCUCUGGUUUGAUUUUGGCCUCCCUUUACCCAGAGAAAUGAGAGCAUUGAAGAGGCAUCCCAAACCCCUCAAAAGAACCCAGUCCUCAGGUGUACAAAUAUGGCCAUCUGGCUCUGUAUUCAGGCCCUCAAAGCCUGACCCCAACUCCCUCCUCAAACCUCCUCCCCAUCCCAAAUCGAAUGUCCAAUCAGUUGACCACUCCAUGCCCCUCAGUCCUUCUGCAACAGACACAGUAUCUUCAUCCUUCAUCCAAUGGGCUCUGGCCUGGCUAGACUCAACUUUUGAUCUGGUCUUGGUGGCAGAAUACUUUGAUGAGUCAUUGGUACUUCUGGCAGAUGCCCUGUGCUGGGGUCUGGAUGAUGUGGUAGGCUUUGUACACAAUGCCCAGGCAACUGGUAUGAAGAGUGUGAGAGGUCAUAAGGAAGUCAAAGAUCAAGGUGGAAUCAAGGAUAAGCAAAUGAUUGCAAGGGCUAGAGCUUGGAACAACUUAGACUGGGCUCUCUAUGUUCACUUCAAUCACAGCCUGUGGGACCGUGCAGACCGUUAUGGGAGGGUGAGGCUUGCUUCAGCAGUAGCCAAACUUCGGGCUCGUAGGUCAGCUUUGGCAUCCCGAUGUCUUUUGGGGGGAGGAGCUGUGGACCCUAGUCAAAUAGCUGACCUCCAGCUCCGCCCUUUCCAGUUUGGGGCACGGGGGGUUCUGGGCUAUGUACUAAGAAAGGGGCUGACCCCCCAAGACCAAGAAGAGUGUGAGCGCCUUGCUACCCCAGAGCUGCAGUAUAAAGACAAGCUGGAUGCCAAACAGUUCCCCAAAGCUGUUCAGUCACUCUCUCACCCUAAUGCCACAAACCCAGGCCCUAAGGGCAGCUGAAACUAAAAGGAGAUACACAGAUAAAAUGGAUGGAGUAGCCAAAAUGGGCAAAGAAUAGGAAAAUCUGCUGCUGUAGAUCACACAGCUCCCUGGGAGCAGGUGCUGAAUAGGGCAGCUCAUUGCUUCCAAGGCUUCCAACCCUUAGGGGUUCCAGAUGUCUUACACCUAACCCUUAUCACCUCCUAUCCUCUCUACUUCCUUUUCCAGUCCCCUGGCAGGCUCCAUGUAGCAACUCUCAACUCCCUGGAAGAGUCAAAAGGUUAAUGUGAGGAAGUCUGUAGGAAAAUGAUGGAAAAAUAUGAAAUAAAAAGAUUCAGAAAUUUA